AUGUCGUCAUCAUCAAAGGCGAUGAAUUCCCUCAGGCUAGAUCUAAAGCUGAAUGGUUACGCCAAAGUCAACCCAACGGACAAGACCAGGGAGUUUCUGCGUGAUUUUUUCAAGGUUCUAUCUCCUGAGGGACGUGAACACCUCGCGAAUGACGUUUUCGAGUGCUCAGGCGAUGAGCAGCUUCGGAAUUUAGUCCGAAGUAUCGAAACUGGUCUACUGGUCCCCUUGAAAGCACAGGGCGGAAAAACCCCCAGUGACAUCACACCGUCUCCACGCCCUGGCAUUGAAGAUUCAAUCGAGAAUCUUAAGAGCGAGGGCAUAGAACCUAUCACUAGAAGCCCUCAGUCACGACUCCGGCACAACUGUUUAGAAAGAGAUGGUUACAAAUGUGUCGCAACGGGGAGGUACAGUGGCAGUCACGCCCACCCAAAGAACGCACCCACCGCUUAUCUUGAAGCCGCCCAUAUCAUUCCAUUUGCACUUGGAUCCUUUCAAUCAAAUGUCAGCGAGGCAGUGCAUAGACAUGCAACGAUUUGGCUCAACCUCAGGCGCUACUUUCCGGUUCUUCGCCACUUGUCCUUUACUUCCGAAGAAAUCAACUCGGAAAAGAACGUCCUAAUGCUGGACAUGGUGCUGCACAAGGAAUUCGGGCAAUUUAGAGUCAUUUUUGAAGCGACCGGGAUUGCUAACCAGUAUCGUGUCAAGAGCUUUCCAGAGGCCGUCACCGGUGCGAUAGAAAAUCUACCCCACAAUCGGCUUAUCAGAUUCAGAGUCCACAAAGGAAAUUGGGAACUUCCAGAUCCCGCCCUUCUCAAAAUUCACGCUUGUAUCGGAAACUUUCUGCACAUGAGUGGCCGCGCGGAGACUAUCGACAAAAUCUUGAAAGAUUUCGAUGAUUGUGGUGGGCUUGCCCCGGACGGAAGCUCCAAUCUUGAGGACCUCCUUGCAGUAAGCCGUCUCUCACUGCUACCCACGAAUGUCAACGAAACGCCCGAUUCCAAAUUCAAGAAGUCCACGUCAAAGCAACUUCCUACGGAGCAGUCACGCCCGAUGGAGUAG